AAAAGGCUACAGCGUUGGAUCAGAAACAUUUCUAGAGGGUACAAAUAUGGUUUCUUCAUCGAUAAUAUACUCUUCCCUUAAAGUGAUCAUACUACAACUGUUCAUGAUGAACUCCAUUCAAAGUUUAUCUAUUGAUGAUCCGAUUUUGACGAUAGAAGAUGGAAUGAUCAGAGGAAAAAAAGACACUACUGUUGGACAGCACAAAACUUAUUAUUCUUUUCGAGGGAUACCUUUCGCUAAACCACCCCUGGAAUCUUUGAGGUUCAAGCCACCAGUGAAAAACUCCAAAUGGUCCGGUAUACUGGAUGCUACGAAAGAUAAGAGCCAGUGUGUCCAGGGAUACAAUCCUGUUGUCGGUAGAGAAGAUUGUCUCUACAUAAAUGUGUACACACCCACUCUGGAAAAGAAAAAUCUAGCUGUCCUCGUUUGGAUAUACGGGGGCGGAUUUGCGAUGGGCAACUCUUCGUAUGUUACUUAUGGACCGGACUAUCUUUUGGACGAAGACGUCGUUUUUGUCGAUUUCAACUACCGGACAGGUUCUUUUGGUUUUCUGAGCACGCAGGACUUGGUGUGUCCUGGCAAUAAUGGUCUCAGAGAUCAAUUGCUGGCGCUGAAGUGGGUCCAGAAUAACAUCGAGAAGUUCGGAGGAGACUUCAGGAAUGUGACGAUUUAUGGACAGAGCGCUGGAGCUGCAUCUGUCGCUUAUCUCGUGCAAAGUAAACUGAGCAAAGGGUUGUUCAAGGGUGCUAUUAUGAGUAGUGGGACUUCUUUGUGUGAGUGGGCUCUGAAUAGAAAAUCUAAGGAAACCGCAUACCGCAUAGGACAAGCUCUGAAGGUGAACACUACGAACAGUAAGGCCCUGGUAGAGGGACUGCGUAAAAUAAAUCACAUCGAACUUCAGAAGAAAGACUAUGAGGCGUCUUUACAGAUAAUGAUGGAGGAUCCAUUAGAAGGUGUACAAUUCGGCCCAGUUAUCGAACCAUAUCAUAAAGAUGCUGUCGUUGAUCAAGAAAACAUCGAAGUGAUGUCAACCGGAAAAUUCCAACGAGUACCAUUACUUAUAGGGAUGAACUCGAACGAGGCCGCAGCCCCAAGCAGAAUACCUCCAUUUGUUGACUUCAUUCUGAGCCCCGACAUCACUAUCCCAGAUUUCGCUUUAGCUGGUCUCACCAAUAACGGAAAAGUGGCAUACACGGCAGGUGAAAAAAUAAAGGAUUAUUACUUCGGAGAUCAACCACCUAGCACACAAAAAGGGAAAGCAGUCAAGUUCAUCAGUGACAGUCAAUGGAACUAUCCAGUUAGAAAAGCGGUGAUCCGCCAAUCCCAAUUUGUACCUAUUUAUUUCUAUGGUUUGUGGUAUGAAAGUGUACUUGGAGGAACUCCGGACAGAAAAUUUCCAGGAGUUGGCCACAGCGAGGAUUUGGGAUAUGUAUUUAGAUCAUAUAUAAAAUCAAAUUCAUCACACGACUACUUGGUUGGUCGCAGGAUGGUCAGAAUGAUAACGAAUUUCGUGAAAUACAGCAAUCCAACCCCCAAAGAAGACGAACUGCUGCAGAACACUAUUUGGCCUCUUAGUACAGCCCUUCCCAACAAUCUAGUUUUUCUGAAAAUCGGUUAUGAUUUGGAGAUUGCGUUGAAUCCGUUCCACAAAAACAUGAGAUUGUUCGAUGAUAUUUUCCGAACAUAUGGUACUCCUCCUUAUUAUUAACACAAAAGGAUUCUACUAGUAUUAUAUAGGUAGUUGAACUAUUGGAUACCUAUAUCAUUCAAUUGAUAACUAAUUGAAUUGGUUUUGUCUGUGAUUCUAAUAAAAUUUCACAAUAAAAAUU